CAACAGCUAGUAUGCUUCGAGGCCAUGCAGCUGCUGGAGGAAGAUCUCCGUAUUCUGGAGUGUCCGGAUUACCAGACCUAUCUGAAAAACUCGAUCACCACUCAAGAUACCCGCUAUCUGGGCCAUCGACUAAAUGGAAUCCUAUUGCAUCAAACUGGCUACCAGUCCUUGGACCGGGUCGCCUUCGAGAGCCGGCGCCAUGAGAUGGGCGAGAUGGCUUUCGUCGCUCAGGGUCCCAACGUAAAUUUUAGCAAAAAUCUCGUAAUCAAGAGUCAAUUUCUCCGGGAGCUGGCUUCCAGGGAACGUCCCAACCAGCUCGGAAUUCUUUCGACAAUUAUCUUCAUACGGUAUCGGAGAGGUGCGACGGAGCUUUCUGGUUACAUCGAUUUUAAGGCCGCACUGAAGAGGGUAGAUGUCGGGGGAGCUGGAAGUCUCGAUUGGAGGGCGAUUUUUUCUGGGGAACAGAUUCUGUGCCCCAGCAAGUUUGAUUUGUCGUUUUACAAUUCGCAAUCGGACCGAGCCACUCAUCGCAGCUCCCGGAACUUCCGAGUGAUGUUUGAUCGGGUUAAUGGGUUGGUUUUUCAGAAUGUCCACGAUCGGAAGAACAUCUAUCCGGAUCCGAUCAUGGGCGAUUACGGAACAAAUACUACCCGAAGCGAGCUGGAGAGCGAUGUCUACGAUCAGGUGGCACUGUACGAUCACGUCGUGCGCAAAAACUACUAGCGGAAUGUUUCAAUAGUUCUCGGAAAAAUAUUUUGAUAGCAAAUAGUUGGCAGUGCAGAGCACUUAUAAAAAUAAAAUGAA